UAAGUCAAAUUACAUCGUAACUACGGAGUAAAUGGCCUGUGCUUUACUAGACUUCUCCACUAAGUCACAAUGGAAAGCAAUUCAAAUGGAACGGUUAUUGAGAACGAGCUCGCGAAAGAAAAGAACAAGAUGGAGGACGAUGAGAAGACAAAAAUGACGGCCAACGGGAAAGCAGAAGAGGAUGAGAAAGAAGAAGAAGAAAACGAAGAGGCCACUACAAAAAUUCAYGUUGAAACUGGCGAAGAGAGAGAACACUGGGGGCGCAAGAUUGAGUUCUUCCUCGCGUGCGUUGGCUACGCCGUUGGUUUGGGAAACGUUUGGCGGUUUCCAUAUCUCUGCUUCAAGAAUGGCGGAGGCGCUUUUCUCAUACCUUACCUAACCAUGUUGCUYCUCUGYGGAAUGCCUCUGUUCUUCAUGGAGUUGUCCUUAGGGCAGUAUAUAGCGUUGGGUCCCGUGACUUCGUGGGCUGCUAUAUGCCCACUAGCUAAAGGCGUGGGUUUUGCCAUGUUGGUAGUGUCUUUCAUGUGUUGUGUUUACUACAAUGUCAUCAUCGCUUGGUGCCUGUACUACAUGUACGAAUCSUUUGGAAGUGAAGUGCCUUGGAAAUACUGCGGYAAUCCAUGGAACACGGACAAGUGCCAUCGAGGGAGAGCGCCGCUGAUCCUCAAGAACGUCACAAACUCCACGCUGUGCACCAUCGGCUCCAACCUUACAAACCCAAACUGCAUUGCGGUCAAGGCUGACGUCAUCACUCCYAGCAAAGAAUUCUGGGAACGCUACGUGCUUCAAAUCAGCGACAAUAUUAGCAAAUUUGGCGAGAUGAGAUGGGAACUGUUUGUUUGCCUUGUGUUGUCAUGGAUUCUUGUGUAUUUUUGUCUGUGGAAGGGAAUCAAGUCGUCGGGGAAGGUCGUGUAUUUUACAGCGACGUUCCCGUACGUUGUUCUUGUGAUUUUGCUAAUUAGAGGUGUCACCUUGCCCGGUGCAUCAAAAGGGUUGUUGUUCUAUCUUAAACCUGACUUCUCGAAGCUUGGUGAGGCCAUCGUGUGGGUCGAUGCUGCAACACAGAUAUUCUACUCGUUGGGGAUUGGUUUUGGGUCGUUGAUAGCCAUGGGUAGCUACAAUAAGUUCCAUAAUAACUGCUACAGGGACGCCAUUAUAGUCGCUAGUAUCAACUGUAGCACUAGUGUGUUCGCUGGCCUCGUCAUCUUCAGCGUGCUGGGUUUCAUGGCCGAGGUUCUCGGUAAAGAAGUCUCCGAGGUCGCCACGUCAGGUCCUGGAUUAGCCUUUGUGGUGUAUCCCGAGGGUCUUGCUCAGAUGCCUAUUUCGCCGCUAUGGUCAAUCUGCUUCUUCUUCAUGCUGAUYACCCUUGGUCUAGACACUCAGUUUGCCAUGUUCGAGGCUGUUACUACAGGUUUGGGCGACGAAUAUAGCAAAUUCCUCAAGCAUCGAAUGGAGCUCUUUAUAGCSUUUCUUUGCUUCGUUGCAUUUCUACUUGGAAUUCCAAUUGUUUCWCAGAGUGGAGCUUACAUUCUAAACUUGUACGUAUGGCAGUCUGGAGGUAUCUCYCUCGUGUUCCUUGCGUUCUUUGAAGUGGUGGUAGUAGGCUGGUGCUAUGGUGCUGAYCGUUUUGCUAGAGAUAUCGAAGUUAUGAUAGGAUAUAAGAUCAAUCGUUGGUGGACGCUUGCCUGGAAGUUUUUUACUCCAACUGUCAUAAUUGUGCUGUUCUUCUUCAGUUUAGCUCAGUGGUCGGGCGUUACUUACGGCAAAUACCAAUACCCCCCGUGGGCCGAGUUCGUCGGCUGGUGUAUGGCCUUGGCGUCCAUGUUGUUUAUCCCUGGUGUAGCACUAUACAAAAUUCUUUGUAGAAAGGGGCCAUUAAUCGAGCGUUUGCGCUUUUUACUAAGACCAGACCGAGAACAAAUGGAGAAGAUAGCGUUAMGAGAAGGUCUACCGAAWAUGCAUUCUGAUAACAACGAAGCUACUACGAGUCUUUAAAACACACAGUUUCAUUUUCAACGAACUUUGUUAUAUCAUUUAAAGCUUGCUGUUAUGUUUUAUUGGGACUGCGAUGUUUGAAAUUAUGCGAAAUAGGGGAUAGAUAACUCGGACAGGUUUUUACGAAGGCUUACGGAAAUUUUACGAACUGUCUUCGAAGUGUUCUCGAGGAUUUCCCGAAAAGUUUACGACGAGUGCUUGAAAAGAGCAGUAAGUAGUUGAUCUUAUCAAUGAAUAUAUAAUUUUUAAUAUUCUUCAUUAUACGUAUAAUAAUUCUUAUUAUAUAUCAUAAGUUGUUUUUACAUGAAGUAGACCUUCAAAAUGGCCGCCGCUUAUAAAUCAUAAUGUUUUUGUCGAUGGCUUUGACAAAGUGAUUCCCGAAAUAUUAAAAUAUGCGCUUAACUUUGAAGCUCUGAAACCUAGUAAAUUUCAAUGAACAUCCAUAGGGAUAAGUAUUUGUCAAAUGUGCUUAUAUUUUAGAAACAAAUGUAUGAUUGUUGGGUAGCCUACAUACCCACAAACAUUGGUAAAAUUUCCUGUAAAAAAGGUAA